AUGCUGGGGUUUGAUGGAGCCUUGGACGCACCAGGAUCUGCAAGGUUUGGUCAAGGCUCUGGUCGUAUUCUUCUGAACUAUGUCAACUGUGAAGGAACAGAAGACAACCUAGCUGACUGUGCUAAUCCAGGGUUUAGAAAUUACAAUUACUGUGGUCAUGGUCUUGAUGUCGGCGUCAUUUGUUAUUCAGGAGCUCAUCCGAAUCCAUUCCAAGUUCGUCUUGUCAGUGGGUCUAACGAUGCUGAAGGCAGAGUAGAAGUACUGAACGAUGGAUCCUGGGGAACUAUCUGUGAUACUUGGUGGGAUCUGAGAGACGCGAGGGUGGUUUGUAGAAUGCUGGGGUUUGAUGGAGCCUUGGACGCACCGAGAUUUGCUAGGUUCGGUCAGGGCUCUGGUCGUAUUCUCCUGAACUAUGUCAAAUGUGAUGGAACAGAAGACAACCUAGCUGACUGUGCUCACCCAGGGAUUGGAGAUUACAAUUACUGUGCUUAUGGUCGCAAUGCCGGCGUCAUUUGUUAUUCAGGAGCUCAUCCGAAUCCAUUUCAAGUCCGUCUUGUCGGCGGGUCUAACGAUGCUGAGGGCAGAGUAGAGGUCAUGCAUGGUGGAUCCUGGGCAACUAUCUGUAGUGAGCAGUGGGAUCUGAGAGACGCCAGGGUGGUUUGUAGAAUGCUGGGAUUUGAUGGAGCCUUAGCCGCAUCUGGAUCUGCUAGGUUUGGUAAGGGCUCUGGUGCUAUUCUCCUGACCUAUGUCAAUUGUGGCGGAACAGAAGACAACCUAGCUGACUGUGCUCACCCAGGGAUUGGAGAUUACAAUUACUGUGCUUAUGGUGGCAAUGCCGGCGUAAUUUGUUAUUCAGGAGCUCAUCCAAACUCUGAGGGAGUUCGGCUCGUGGGUGGAUUCAACAGUUCUGAAGGCAGAGUGGAGAUCAGGUACAGCGGCACCUGGGGAACAGUUUGCGACGAUGGCUGGGAUUUGCUAGAUGCAAAGGUCGUUUGCAGAAUGCUGGGAUUUGGUGACACCUUAGCUGCACCAGGUUCAGCACAGUUUGGCGAGGGGUCCGGUGAAAUCUUUCUGUCUCUUGUCGGGUGCGAUGAGCCACCAGUGGGUUUAACCCUUAUACACGAGAACGAAGGGACAGCAAUCAACUCCAGCUUUCUCAAGGUCAGAGUUGAUGUUAAUACAACGAUAAGAUGCCUAGCCAAUGAUACAUCAGUGUACCUCCAGUGGUAUCCCAAUUGUUCUGAUCUUUCUUCCCAUGGAUGCCAUGAGAGUGAGCCACACAACGGUGGCCGUGCAUUGUCAUUUACCCCAAGAGCGAGUCAAAAUGGAACCAUUCUAACAUGUCGAAUAGAGAACACGUAUGAAGCACGAGGAAAUAUUAAUACCUCGAUUACAUUACAAGUAGAAGUAUGUGUUCAACAUCUUGCAAUCGUCAGAAACGACUCCUUGGGAUCUACCGUCGGUGGUUACAGUGCAUUGAGCUGUCGAACCAAUACCAGUAACUUCAAUCUGGCAUCGUCAUCACUCUUCUUCACCACAUCUUACCUGGACGGGAAAGGAAAUGAAAAUACGAAUGCUUCUUGGGAAAAUGCCGGAGCGUUACAUCUGGCUAGCUACAAGCCUGAUUUAAACGUAAGCUCUCUGUCUUGCUGUGUAUCAAAGACCUCUCUAUGCCCAGGGUUUUGCUCAGAAGAAUACUUCAACGUACUCAAUGGUAAGGAAUAA